UUCCUCUAGUUUCCUUUCAACUGGUCGUGUAACCUCUCAAAAAAAAGUGAAAUGAUUUCUGCAGUCGAGUAAUCGAGUUUCCCACCGCCACCGCUGUCGCGCGUUUUCGUGCUAACAACGCUUGAAUCGCCUGUGGUGCGUGCUGUGUAAACGUAUGUGUACUUUUGCCCUAAAGCUCCAGACGAUAUGAAUAAUUGAUAUAUAUAUUUUUUUCCUUUACGUCGUCGAUUAGUUCGCGCCAGUGAAAAGUGCAUUUUUUUGGUGUUUUUUUGAUAAUUUUUUCUUUCAUUGUACGUUUUAUUUAUUUUUUAUUUUUUUUUAGUAGGGUAACGAAUUUUUGAAAUUAUUUCCACAUUUUUGAUCAUUCACAAUGUCAACGGAAAGUGAUAUAAGUAAAUUCUACGCGGGCCAAAAAAUACUCAUAACCGGAGUCAGCGGUUUCAUCGGCAAAGUAUUAUUAUGGAAAUUACUGCACAGUUGCCCAAACGUCGACACAAUUUACAUUCUUAUCAGAGCAAAAAAAGGCCAAAACAUCAACUCGAGAGCUGAAAAAAUAUUCAAAUAUCCAAUUUAUAAUAAUUUCAGAAAUGAGAAUCCGAAAAUAUUUGAAAAAGUAUCAGUGAUCGCGGGCGAUAUUAGCGCCGAAGAUUUAGAUUUAUCUGAAAAAGACAGGCAGAAAUUGAUCGACGGAGUCACCGUCGUGUUCCAUAUUGCAGCUGCGCUGAAUAUGGAUGCAGAUUUGAAAAGCGCUGUUAAUACAAAUUGCACCGGUACACUGAGGUUACUCAAGUUGUGCACGGAGAUGAAACAUUUAAAGGCAUUUUUACACACUUCGACAACUUACUGCUACUGUGAUAAAGAUAAAACACGCGAAGCUGUUUUCCCACCGAUGGAAGAUCCUUACGAUAUAAUGCAUUUAGUCACGUGGGUAUAUUCUGACCUGGCCGGUACAAUCACACCGAGUUUAAUCAAACCACAUCCCAACACGUACACUUAUACUAAACGACUCGCUGAAAAAGUUGUUUCGGAUUUUUUCCCCCAAUUGCCCAUAGCGAUUGUACGACCUUCGAUAGUAAUUCCUAGCAUAAAAGAACCUCUACCAGGAUGGGUGGACAGUCUAAAUGGUCCGGUAGGUUUGCUAAUCGCCGGAGGUAAAGGAGUAAUGCGGUCUAUGCUGUGUGAUGGUGACACAAAAGCUGAUGUCGUUGCCGUUGAUGUAGUAGCCAAUAGUUUAAUAGCAGUUGGAUGGAAAAUAGCUAACGAACCGAAACCGAGUAGUUUACCAGUCUACAAUGCAUCCUCAUCCGAGAUGAAACCACUAUAUUGGAAAGACGUAGUCGACAUGGGUAAAGAAGCGAUCGAAAAGUACCCGUUUGAAAAAGUAUUAUGGUACCCGACAGGAGGAAUAACCUCAAACGAAACCAUACACGUCAUUAUUUCGUUCAUUUUCCAAUGGAUUCCAGCCUACUUCAUCGAUUUCAUUAUGACGUUAAUUGGCCAACCACGUUUCUUGGUUAACGUCCAGAAAAAGAUUUACCAAGGUCAAAAAGUACUUCAAUAUUUUACAACCAGAGAAUGGCAUUUUGAUACUGAAAACAUGGUGAAUUUGAAAGAAUCUAUGAAUUCCACCGAUCAGGAGAUCUUCCCAGUGACGAUGAAAGAUUUCAAGGAUCGUACAGCUUAUAUGGAUAACGCCAUCAAGGUAGCUAGACACUAUAUUCUCAAAGAAGAUCCAGCUUCGAUACCUCAGUGCCAGAAGAAAAUGAGAAUAUUAUACAUCUUGGAUUGCUUCACUCGCUACGUCGCUGUACUGCUGCUAUUCUGGAUAGUUGUGCAAAUAAUCGCCAAAUUGGCCGUUUACUACGAAUUUGAAGCGUAAUUUUUUCAUAUUUACAACAAUACUGAACCGAAAAUGCAUAAAAACAAAAUCGAGUGUUUUAAAGCAACAGAUAUUCUCGAUGCCUUUGCUGUUUUUCCACCUCCAGCCGCGAUUAUUUUCACGUUUUUGUCAUCAUUUUGCAGAUAUUCUGUCCCACACGUUACCAAUGCGAUACGUCCCACUGUUCUUUACUGUUUUUUUUUCUUUCGUGUAUUUAUGUUUGUAGAAGACAAAAAAACAAUUUAAAAAAAAGUUUUCUAUUUCUUCCUCGGUGAAGAUAUUCUUUAUUCUCUUUAUAGUUUUUCCGUUUAAAUUUGUACCAGUUGUUGAUGUUUUAUGUAUAGCUUGUAUUUAUUUGUGUAGAAUUAAUCGUUUGUUGUGUACAAAAUCAAAUUGUAUUUAAAUAAAAGACUUCUACGUACGUA